GCACGUUGACCCAGAAUUUCAAGUGACAUGAACUUGGUCAAGUUGAGCCUGGCGCUGUCUAUUGCCGCUGCCCGUGGUGGAGCGCAUGAUGCACCUGCAUCUGCAGGCUACACUACAACGUCGGACGACGAGGCCAAGACAACGCAACGAGACGAAGUCGCGCUGGACGUUGAAGGGGGCGUCCGGCAUCACGUCGCCGCGUCCAAGUCUUCUCACGCGUUGCAAGCAUUAGCGACCACCGAGUCGGAUGUUGCCUCGCCUGACAUCUCGGGUGUGUCGAUGCGCUGCCGAUUCUGUGGGGCUCAUUUGGCAUGGAAGCACCACUACCAGCAUUUGCCAGACGAAAGCAAAGCGCAUGCGAAGAACACGCGCACGGAAACGUCCUUGGGAGAGCACGGUGAAGUCGUGUACUUUGACAACCCGGCCGGCGUCGAGUUUGAGCUGGCGUCGUUUCAGCACUCGGAUGGCGUGCCCUCGGAUGCGUACACGCAACAAGACACGUUCUUCGACUCGUACAACUGGCGUGCAUUGGCAUGUCCUCGCUGCGCCAAGCACGUCGGAUGGAAGUUCACGCAUGUGUUGCACGAUCAAUGCAUGGCAGAUACGCAGCGGCAGCUGCACAAGCCCGCCGUGCCGUCGGGAAAGAAGGGUUCCAAAACAAAACUAGCGGCCCUAGUCGACGCAGCAUUUGCCGACAAGAGCUGCUACGCCAUGUCGAACGGGUGGUGGUCGUACCAACAUUGCUACAAGAGCGACAUCACGCAAUUUCACCUAGAACCAGAUGGCGUCAAGGCGAACGAGUGGAGCCUUGGACACUUCUCGGACAACAAGAGCACGGACACGGAGAUCGCCCAUCACUUUACGGGUGGCCAGCAUUGCGAUGAAAACGGCAAACUCCGCAGCACCACGGUGAAAUACGUGUGCUGCCCUGAACAACAGGACAUUGUCGUGGACACGAUCGAAGAGCCCAGCCUGUGCACGUACCUCAUGCGGGUAUGUGUGCCCCAACUGUGCCAGUCCAAACCCAAAAUCCCCGACGUGCUGGACAAGAAGAUCGAAAAGGCGUGUGCGCAGACGUUGGUGGACCACCAGAAGCCGACCUCACCUUCCUUCUUGCCCCUUUUCUACACGUUGGUAUGGCCGGAUACAAUUGCCGAAGACAGCCCCGAGCUCACAUGGACGCAUUCUCUCUCGACUGUUACAUCGAUCAUUGGUCGCUGACAUUUCUCAAAUUGCAUCAGUCUGUUGUUUUUAUUGUGUUCUAUUAACGCUACGUUAAAUGGGUUUAACCCUGCCAACACGUAGGGAUACUUGCU